CAAAAAUAAAUAAAAAUCCCAAACUGAUAACGCUAACUUCGUUUAUCAUGCAUAUGGAUUCCUCACAAUUAUGUCGUAAUUUCCUGCAGGAUUUCCCAUACGAAAGCCAUAAUAAAUUCUAUCAUUUUUUGGGCCCAUAACAUAUCGCACUUCUCCUUGAACAAAUAAGUCAACUCUGAAAUUCGCUAAUCCCCAGAUUUGGCAAGAAAAUGAUAACGCAGUAUCUCUUGAUAAUUCCCAAUCCAAACAGAUAUAACUUCACAAACAUUCACUCGAGUCGGAGCAAUUACCCAAAAAAGUCAUUACAUAAUUUUUAUUCCAAAAUUUUCUCCUGCCCUCGAGGCAAAAACAUUCGAAAAAUGUCAGUCCCAAGAUUGCUUCUCCUGGUCGCAUCGUUAUUAAUUAUUUACAAUGAAUGCACAAGUGCACUGAGAAUCCUUGCGAUAUAUCCAUUCCCCGGUAAGAGUCACUCCAUCGGAGCCGAGCAUCUCCUCGAGGAAAUGACACGCAGGGGUCACACCAUCGACGUCGUGUCCCAUUUCCCCCGGAAAAAUCCCAUACCAAAUUAUCGUGACAUCAGCCUCCGAGGAUUACUCCCCAUGUUCGCGAAUAAUGUGACGUACGACAGGAUCAAAGGAUAUAAUUUCAUCCACCCGAGGGAGUUUGUUCAAUUAGCCGGGGUCAGUGUGUGUGAACUGCUCGGCGAGCCGGUUCUUCAGGAGUUAAUGGAGACACCCAAAGGGACUUAUGACGUCAUUCUCGUUCAUUUAUUUGCUGCCCACUGCUACAUCGGAUUCGGCAACAAGUUGAACGCUCCAGUGGUGGGAAUGGUGACAUCGAAAUUCCAGGACUGGUUGUUCGAGCCUUUCGCCAAUCCUCUGAAUCCCUCGUACAUGCCGAGCUUCUUCUCAACGUUCACUCAGCACAUGACGUUCUGGGAGAGGCUGGAGAAUACACUGAUCACGGACAACACUCGUCUUCAAUUCAGGUACUGGUUGGAGACUGAGAGCCUUCAAGUGGAGAAGUAUUUUGGCAGAAAAAUCUCCUCCCUCCAUGAGCUGUACGAUGAUGUCUCCUUAAUUCUCGUUAACCAGCACUUCAGUACAAAUGAAAUCAAGCCUUCGACGCCAGAUAUCAUCGACAUCGGGGGUCUGCAUGUUUAUAAUAAUACCCAGCAGCUGACGCCUGAGCUGCAAGAUUGGUUGGACAGGAGCACCGAGGGCUGUGUGUCGUUUACAUUAGGAUCCAACGUUGUCAUCGAAUCCUUUCCUGAGGAAUUGUUGAAAGUCUUCUAUCAGUCCUUCGAGAGCAUUGCACCAGUACGAGUGCUGAUGAAAGGUGAUCCCAGAGCUCAUCUCAAAGAUCUGCCAACAAAUGUCAUGAUAUUCCCGUGGAUUCCUCAGGUAGCUGUGCUGAAACAUAAGAACGUCAGGGCAUUCAUAACUCACGGCGGCCUCCUGGGAACUCAGGAAGCUAUCGCUCACAGAGUUCCGAUGAUCGGAAUUCCUCUUUUCGGUGAUCAACACACAAAUAUGCGAAACUAUGAAAAACGAGGAAUUGCAGUGGUUCUGGACCUGAAGACCCUCAACAAGGAUUCACUCACUGCUGCCAUUACCACUGUCCUGGAGGAUCCAACGUACAGGGAAAAUAUUGGGAGAAUAUCCGACCUAUUCUGGGACCGUCCGAUGAGUCCCUUGGACACGGCCAUUUACUGGAUGGAAUACGCAGCGAGACGUGGGCCAGUCCUGAAGUCCCCAGCGACUCAGUUGUCCUGGUGGAAGCUCCACUUAUUAGACGUUUACAGCUUCAUCUUAAUAUGUAUUCUCACAACAGUCUACACAAUCACCAGAGUAGUCACACUGCUGUGGAAAUGGGCUAGCGGAAUUAAUUCGAAAAAUGUUUCAAAUGCCAAAAAAAAUAAAUGAUUUAUCAUCUUGUGGGAUUGCACGAGAAUUACUGGAGGAUUAAAGUCAGACGUUGCGCCAAAGAAUGAAGACUCUAUUCAAUUACUGAACUAAUUAUCUUAAUAUAUGAUAGAGCGUACUUCUUCCCUGGAAUUUGACGCAUGUCCAUAUCGCACAUCAUAAUGUCUGCGU